UGUAGGUGUUGCUAUGGUGAUGUCAGUCAGAAUGGCUCCUCCUCUUUCUUUGAUCUUUCUGAUCAUGAUUCACCGUAAGUCUCAAUGUUCCUCUGUAUGUUCUGUUCGAUGUUUUGUUGUGGUUACAUUUAUGUCAUUCAUGGCUCAUCUGUAUUUAUGUUAAAUUAGUUCAACUAAUGUCCAUCCAAUGCUUUCCUCAUUAAUGUAAUGCCAAAAUCAUCUUCAUUAUGUGUCUGUUCUUAACACAUGUUGAUAAUAACUGUAGCAUUAAUAAUAAAAUAAUUUCAGAUGUUUUCAGUGAAAAUGGUUUGGGUGUGAGUUACAGUCAUUCACACAUCUGUGCACUAAAGAACUCAUCAGUGAUAAUGAACUGCACUUAUACAUACCCUACUGGACAUCAGAUCAAGAAAGUGUUCUGGGCCAAAAACCCUGUAAAGGGUGAAGUGCAUCCAGAUCUGUCUGAGGACCCUGAAUACAGUCAGAGGCUUCAGUAUCUGGGAGAUAAACAGCAGAACUGCACCAUCAGACUGAGUCAUGUGACACAGAAAGAUGCACACGUGUACUGUUUCAGAUUCAUCACUGAUAAACCUGAUGGCAUAUGGAUUGGUCGUCCAGGAGUGACUCUUACUGUCACAGAUCUUCAGGUGGAGUCUCCUGAGAGAGUGACAGAGGGAGAUUCAGUCCGUCUGACAUGUAAAAGCAGCUGCGCUCUGACUGACGGAGCAACAUUCAUCUGGUACAGAAACUCACAGCUAUUAACUAAAGGAACUACCGAAAACAAACUCAUCCUCAGUCAAGUCAGAAGAGAGGAUAAAGGCAACUACAAAUGUGCUGUACAUGGACACAAUCACACAUCAACUACUGUUUAUCUGAAUGUCACAUACCCACCAAAGAGCGUCUCAGUGUCCAUCAGUCCAUCUGGUGAAAUAGUGGAGGGAGAUUCAGUGACUCUGAGCUGCAGCAGUGAUUCAAACCCACCUGCAGAAAUCAGCUGGUUUAAAGGAAGAACAUUUGUAGGAUCUGGAAAAAUCUACAGCAUCUCAAAGAUCAGCUCUGAUCACAGUGGAGAAUAUAAGUGCAAGUCCAUCAAUGAACAUGGAGAGAAAUACUCUGCUGCUGUGACUUUAAACGUCAUGUACCCUCCUAGGAGUGUCGCAGUGUCCAUCAUUCAUUAUUGUCAGUUCUGGGAAGGAGGUUCAGUGACUCUGAUGUGCAGCAGUGAUUCAAACCCACCUGCUCUGAACUUCAGCUGGUUUAAGGAGAAUCAAAGCUCAGCUGUUGGAUCUGGACAGAGUUUCAGUGCUCUACAGAGUGGACGCUUCUACUGUGAGGCUCACAAUCAACAUGGAUCUCAGAGAUCAGGCGUUGUUACGGUUAUUGUUAAAGGUCAGAUAAAUAUCUGUCCAUAA